AUGUCGGCCGCCACUGCUCUCAGUGCAGCGACAGAUGCCUCUGCUGCCACAGUACGGUCAAUAUAUCGCCAGCUGCUGCGGCAGUCAUCACAAUUCAGUAAUUACAACUUCCGCGAAUACGCACGGCGACGUACGAGAGAUGCGUUCCAUGAACACGCCGGUGUGCAGGACGAGCGGCAACGGCAGGAGCUUGUGCAGAAGGCCCUCAGUGAGUUGGCGAUACUGAAGAGACAAACGGUUGUCAGUCAGUUCUUCCAGCUUGAUCGGUUAGUUGUAGAAGGUGGGAAAUCGCAACUGACAGCUCUGCAGGGCAAAGAGGGUCACGGCGGAAUAGUACGGCAGAAGGAGCCUGGAUGGACGUGA